AUGACCAUUGAGCUUGAUAAUGACAUAAAAAUAUCUGAUAAUAAUGAUCGUCAAUCAAAAACACCAUUUCAGUUGUAUGCCCUUUAUUCUGCUAGUACACCAGUAGAUAUGAAUAAUCAAACUGAGAGUACAAAAUAUCGGCCAAAUUUACAUAAUCGAAAAAAUGGUACAUUUGAACCAUUUAAUUUUGAUUUAUUGCUAAAUUUAUUUACAAUUGGUUAUGAAUGUCCAACAACCCAAGAGGCACAAUUUCCAUUAGUGUGUAAAACAAUAUUCAAAAUAAAAGUAAUAGUACAAGUUUCUGAUGUUCAAGAAGAAUCGUCAGCGGUAUCACUGCAGAAAUCUAGAGCGAACUCCAAAUAG